AUCAUCAAGCUCUAUCAUAUAUCAUACUAAUAUUUCGACCUAUGUUGUCUUUCAGACGACGAGUUCGACGACUUAACGAGAAAGAAAGUGCAUUUUGACGAAGAAUUUGUUAAGAGGUCAUUAGGUGAUAUGAGAAUUCACGUUACUGUCGAUACGGUUGAGUUUUCACCCAUCCCUCGUCAGUCGGAGGAGCAGGUUACUGCGUCAUUUCUGAGUAAACUGCUCAACGACAGGGAGACUUCAGCACCAACGAGAUACGCCGUGGAAGGAAUACAUCCGGGACUUUCUGUCGAUGACGUCAUCAAAAUACGUAAAGACUGUGCCACUUUCGUGGUCAGCUGUCGGACUCUGAGUGCUGUGGACACCCUGUGGGAAAGAUACCAAGACUGUGAUCGUCUACUGAAACUAAUGCAAAAGACCCUGGUAACAGAUUCAUUAUUGAAGGAAGUCAUUGCCAAGGACAUCACAAUACAGAUACAAAUGGACGAAGAUGAGUAUCACAUUUGUCGCGAGGAACUUUUAGCUGCCGCCGCAGCUGGUUUGAAUAUUCCAAUGUCCUAUGGAGGCCCGAAGAAGGAAGUUAUGGAGCAACUAAGAAAACAGAGCGACAAGUACAAGGUGCAGCUCAACGAAACUAUCACAGAGUACCACAAAUUCGAGAUGAACAUGACCAACUUUGUGUCUGCCUUGAAACGAAUCAAACCAACAUCGGUGCAGAAAUUGUCGUCUGUCUUCAUGGUGGACAAGUACUUUGAAAUAUGCUCAUCAAAGACGAGCAACAUGAAACGGGCUUUAGAAUUGUUCAGACAAAAUAUAAACAAUAUGGCUCAUCUCCACGACAAUGUUCGUGACAACGUGCUUGCAAAUAUGUCCAAAAUACGUCCAGAGGUUGAAACAGACUUACAGACUAAGUGCCGACUUAAAGUAGAAGCUCACUUGUCGGAAUGGGAGAGGAUGCUGGAUCCACAUUGCGAUAUAGCACAGAUCGCCAUUCACCAAUCAGCCAAAGAGUGUACACCUACACCCGAUUUGCUUGCUCUGCGCCCGGUACUCAGUUUAAUCCCGACGCUUCUGGAGAUGGCUGGCAAAGUAGACAGGCGUGUGAGCACGUAUAUCCAGGACGACGAUAAUAACAACGUGUAGUUUUUAGUGUCUGUUUGCACUGUAAUACCAUAGUCCAUGGUUUGAGUCAUUCAACUUUGAACUGCGUCUCAGAUAUUUUAUGUUUCGUUCAUUUUACUCUGUCUUCGCUUAAGGUCAACUUCUUAUCGGAUCCAAGUUUAUACAAGUGCAAUGAUGUCCUUUCAUUGGGAAAAUCUGUUAAAACUCUUCAAGACCCAUAAUUAUCGUGUUCAUGCUUUACCCUAACUUACCUGUAUAUCGUGUGCGCUGAAUGCGCUUAGACCCUGCUUACUUCAUACUUCCCUUGAAAGUAAACGAUAUUUCUUGCAUUGUGU